AGAGCCAGACACGGAGGAGGUUAUGACCGGGUCUCUGCAGCUGGAGCCCGGGCUGCUGCUGCUGCUGAUGCUGCUGCUGGUGGUGAUGAUGGCCUGCUGGGAAACACCAGGGAUGGUCGAAGCGACUGUGCCAGCGGCCCCUGUGAAUGUGUCGGUGACCCAGCUGAGGGCGCACUCCGCCAUGGUGACCUGGAACGUCCCUCAGGGAGACACUGUCAUUGGAUACUCCAUCUCCCAGCAGCGGCAGGACGGCCUGAUGCAGCGCUCCAUCCGAGAGGUGAACACGUCGAGCCGCUGGUGUGUGUUGUGGGACCUGGACGAGGACACACACUACAGCGUGCAGGUCCAGUCCGUCGGGCCGAGCGCCGACAGCCAGCCGAGCCGCGCCGUCCACUUCAGGACUCUGGAGAGAACCGACCACUAUCCAGUCGGAGUCCUGGACCAGCAUGAACCGGCGAUGGAAGGUCUGGGGAUGACUCCUCACCUUCAGACAGGAGAGCUGCUCAUCAUCACCACGGUGCUGCUGCUGUGGGCAGCCGUCAUCGCCCUGUUCUGCCGACAGUAUGACAUCAUCAAAGACAACGACACCAGCAGCAGCAAGGAGAAGAACAAGCGGCCGCUGGUCCGAGCCACCACCACCUACUACCCCGCCUCGGGUGGCAGCUCGCCCGUCUACCACAACGGAGCCGUGCACAGCAGCAGGCUGCACAGAGCCUCCUCCUCCAUCAGCAUCAUCAGAGUCUGAGACUCAGGACGGUUGCUGAGGCGUUGAUGUGCCACGUUGGCCACGAGGAGGCUCGGUGGGAUUAUCCUGAGAGACGGAGACCUUCUGGACCUUCAGGACGAGACAGAGAGAGAUUCAACUUAAAACUCCAGAAGUGAGAAGCAGCUCUGUGGAGGACGAGGGUGACUGCUGCGCUCUGGUGGCUGAAGAAGGCAGCAUCACGGGAACAGCAGGAGUUUGGCUUCACCAGUGAAAUAUAUUCAUCUGAUUCUCUGUUGUGUAAAAAGACUGAACAUUUGCCAGCAUGUCGGCCGAGUCACCAUCCAGACCCUGUGUGUGUCUGUGUGCGUGUGUGUGUGUGUGUGGGACGAUUACUGCUCUGUGGUUUAAAUUUAUUUUCUAAUUCAUGCUCAGUAGUUAGUACUAACAUCAGGACUGUAUAAUAUGUAAGUAGAAUCUGUACAUACGAGUAGUUUAAUGGUGAUUUCAACAAACAGUAGAAUGUAUAUGUUGGAGGUCAAAGGCAGAAGUGUCCAAACUUUAAUGUUUUAUUUUUGAACAAACUAAUAAAUCAUGUUACGUCAGGUGCAGCUUUAAUUAGUGUUAUAAUGUCUUUAUAGCCAAUUAUUUAUCAGUUCUUCAUUGAAUGUACUGACUCUAGAAAUGAACCAGAGUUGAUCUCAUCGUGCAAUAAACUCCACACCAGAGGAAUUGGUGGAAUGUAAUUUAAAAAUCUAGUGAUUUGUUAAUAAUGACACUGUGAGAUGUGAUAGUAUUGAUUGG